UUUUCCAAGUAGAAUUGGUAGAUUUGGGGUAUGAUUUUAAUUGAUUUAAAUUAACAAAAUCGUCAAUAAGAAAAGAAUGACCAAGUUGGUCUGUCUCUACUUGACAAGUCCUUUUUGUUCCUGUUCCUAUUCAUUGAAGUUCCGUUUUCAGUUGAAGUCGAAUCUGCUAAAUACUGCACUUUAUCGCUGUUUCAAUUCAGCUUUUACGUCUUAUUAUUUUAGCAAGGCAAGGAACAGAGUUCGAAUGACUCAAAGUCUUUCACAACCUCCAGAUAUUAAUAUAGUAUUCUUCGAUGUUAUGGAUACGUUGGUUAAGGACCCAUUUCACCAAGGAAUGCAUAGAAUAUUUGGUUUUGAUAGUUUUGAAGAGUUUGUCGAGGCAACAAAUCAUCGAACUUGGUGUGAGUUUGAACUAGGUAGGAUAAAUGAACGACAAGUAGCGCAACAGUUUUUCAAGGCUGCAUACGGGACAACGCAGUUUGACUGGAAACGUUUAAAGGCAUUUUUGUGGGAUCAUUAUGUGUGGAUGGACGGCAUAGAAAUGAUUUUGAAGGCGUUCCAAGAGAGUGAAGGAACUAUUCAGUUGCAUAUUCUAUCGAAUUACCCUCCGUUGUAUAGAAUGAUUGAAGAAAAACUACAAAUAUCAAGAUAUCUAAAAUGGUCGUUUGUGAGCUGUGAUAUCGGAUUUCGCAAACCAGAUUUUGAGAUAUUUCAGUUUGCAGUAAAUACACUUGGAGUUUCUCCACAGCACUGCUUAUUCAUUGAUGAUAGGAAAGUAAAUUGCGAUGCUGCACAACAACUAGGAUUGCAUACUAUUCAUUUUAAGGACUCUCAACAAUUGAAGAGUCAACUGAUAACUUAUUUCCAAUGGUUCAAAUGUAGCAAAGUUUGAAACAGCAUAUUUUUUGAAUUGUA